CACUCACAGCGUUUGACCCACCGGAUAUAGUGGUAGCCUAUAAAAUUGUGGCUAUUAUAAGGACACAAACAUAAAGAGAGGCAAUUAAUACUCCAUACCCAUCAUCCCUUCUCUCACAUAAUAUUAUAUCGAAAUGACACCAACAGCAACAAAUACAAAUGGCAAUGGCCAAAAGGCUACUGCUUCAUCAUCAACCUAUCUGAGCAAGAACCCAGAAAUAGCUCAAUUCUCACAAUUCUGUCAAAACAACUCCGGUGCUAAUGCCAACCCAAGAACAAAAGAAGUGAUUGAUAGCUUGAUGGCGCAUUUACAUGCCUGGUUUGAAGAAGUUCAAGUAACGCCAGAAGAAUUCUUGAUGGGUUGUGAUGCAAUGGCAAAAGCAGGAAAAAUGUGUGAUGACAAACGUAAUGAAUUCAUUUUGCUUGGUGAUAUUAUGGGUUUGGAAACUUUGGCUGACACGAUGGCACAUGAAAGAGCACGUAAGCAAGCUACGGAGAAAGUUGAAGGCGCAAAGGGAACGGCUACCAAAGCAUUACCUACUUCAUCGGCCAUCCUUGGACCCUUCUUCAGAGAAAAUGCACCGAAAUACUCAAUGGGCCAUGAUAUCGUUCAAGACCACAGUACAGUCAACCACGAAGGCAAAAAAGGAGAGGCUACAUACAUGUACGGCACAUUGACCGAUGUAGACGGAAAGCCGAUCGAAGGUGCAACAAUUGACGUUUGGCAUGAUGCAAUCAAUGGUUUGUACGAACAACAAGACCCUAAUCAACCAGAAUACAACUGUCGUGGAAAGUUUACAACGGGAGCAGAUGGCAAGUACAGUUACAAAUGCUUGAAACCUGUCGCAUAUCCUAUUCCAUACGAUAGCACAAGUGGAGAUUUACUCAAACUUUUGGACAGAUCACCAAUGCGACCAGGUCAUAUUCAUUUAUUUAUUCGUGCAAAAGGUUUCCAACCAUUAAUCACGCAAAUUUUUGAUCGUUCAUGCCCUUAUUUACAAAACGAUUCAGUUUUUGCCACAAAGGAUGAUUUAGUGGUCGAUUUUGCAAAAGCAAAUCAUUCUCAAGCAAAAGAUUGUGUUUGGGAAUUACAAUAUGAUAUUCGUUUGGUUGAGCAACUUUAGGGUUAAAGUGGCCCCCGGCUGA